AUGUCAUCGGACAUCCAGGUCUUCGUGAAAUGGAAAGACCAAUCCAUCUUUGCUGGGGAAGAUGUGGAAUGCACAAUUACUUUCAAGAACGUUGCGGAGAAGCCCGAAGACACGAGCAAUGCGCCGCAGACCCCCCAUCUGAGGAGGCAGUCCCGGACGACUGCGCUCACCCCCCGUUCAGAUUCAUUCUCUUUCCGAUUCACUUCCAAUCCAUUCAAAAGCCCCAAUCGUCGCUCCUAUCCGAGUAUCCCCAGACAGAGCCCAUCCCACCGCAUUUCGUCCUCCGUGAGUUCACCGUUGAUCGGCUCUCAUAGCUUUCCACCUCCCUCUACGCCGCGGAAUGGGCCCCCAGCCGGCCACAAACAUAAAAGAUCGGUAUCCAUACUUUCUAUUGACAGUGAAGGAGGAAAUUCAAAUGUCGCGAACGAUAAAACACCGCGAACGCCCCAAUUGAACCAUUCAAGACCAGUGAGGGGUCAUGGACGUUCCGCAAGUCUGCAAGUUGUACCAAGAAGAUAUGAAGGUUACGAAGAUAGCGCGAAAGGCUUUCGGGCCCCAGGUCGUGGUUUUCCACCGUCGGAGUCGCCUAUUCAGCCAUUCCAAGGUGGGCUGAGGGUAGAUACAGACGCGCUGGGACCAGGUGGUGUUGCAUCUGGGGGACCUAGUCCUAUAAGACCAAACCCGCCGGUACGCGCACCAGGACGAAGACCUCAGCUACCACCAAUAGACUUCAAAUUUCCUCCACCCCCAGAAAACAACACGAGUUCGAGACCAUCGCCUGCAACAGCCUCAACCGACAGGCCUACUACAACACCUGCAACAGCAAGACCAGAUGUCAAGGAUUCUUCUUCGUUGGCCGCUCCGAGUCAGAUGCCGCAGUCGAAAAUUCUCUCGGCUUCUAGUUUAAGCGGGAGCCACAGAAGCAGCGGUGAAUUCUACUCCGCCAGCAACAUGUCGUCCGAAACUCUACAAUCAGAAUACACCAACUACUCGGGUCCUAUGCCGCGCGCAGGUUUUCCGCGCCAUAGCCGACACAUGUCUAGUAUGGAGUCAUCGGCACCAGUCUCGAAAGGCCAGGCGCUGCUCAUGGGAUAUGCCCAAAUAAGCGCGUCGUUCACGGUAGACAGCUCGUUAAUCAAUCAAUCCGCGUUCGAUGAGGUUAAACGGCAGGGUGUCGUCGGUGGUGCAGGGAAUGGUGGCAUCACCCCGAACGGGAGACCAGCUUCAUCCAGCGGGAAGAACAAAAAGGGCGGUGGAUUCUGGGGCGCAUUGAACUGGAACUCGAUAGAAGAAUCUAUUAGUGGGUUGCUUUCCAACAAUGACCUCGAUGGGCUACGAGACAUGCGAGGGGUGUCCUCGUCGAAAUCGAUCCCUUUGUUGUCCACGCCUCAAUCGCUUCUCUUCGUCGAUCUCCGUCUGGCACCGGGAGAGGAGCAAUCCUUUUCCUUUGCUUUCACUCUACCUAGCGGUCUCCCAGCGAGCCACAAAGGGAAGGCCAUAAAGAUUUCUUAUAACCUUGUCAUUGGGACACAGCGACCUAGCGGCAGUAACGAGCCUCAAAAGGUUAACCGCAUCAGUAUACCAUUUCGUGUUUUCAGCGGUGUAAGCGCUCAAGGAAAUAUACUUGGCCAUGACCUAAUGCGUCCCUAUGUGCUCCUUCGCGACGAGGCUAGGGUGCAGAAAGUUGGCUCUAUUCCCCAAUUAACACCAAAGGUUGAGAGCAUAAGCCGGCCUAUGUGGACAUCAGCGCCCGAGUUUCUAUCGUAUGUGGAUGAAAUAUUGGAACAGCGAACCCGCAACAGUUCCCUAAAACCACCAGGCACGCUUGCUGAAAGACGCCCAAGCUAUGAUGCGACCGCAGGGCCAAUAUCUUGCAAAGACGCCAUUGACUUUGCUAUUCUUCGGAGUAACCAGACGCUCAAUUCCUCCCAGAGCCCGAAUCGGUUUGAGAUUGCGCGAGGCGGACGUCGGAUUGCCGUGGUAGUGCUCAACCGACCAGCACACAGGCUCGGCGAGACUCUCAUUGCAACGGUCAACUUAUCUGACUCGGCGCUCCCGUGCUAUGCUCUCAGAGCCACGUUAGAGAGCUCCGAGAAAGUUGGGGCCCAUUUGGCGGUACGAUCUGGCGCUAGUAUUCGACGAGCAACACGCCGAGUCCAUGCAUCUUUCUUCGAGAUUACUCUUUACUCUACGCGGGUUGUGUUCAGUCCAGCAGUCCCGAUUUCUGCCACUCCCACGAUACUGACGAGUGGUGUUAAUGUUGAAUGGGAACUACGGUUGGAGUUUGUGACUACUGGUGUCCCGCCUGAGAUGGGAUCCGGGCCUUCGGGUGCCCGGUUACUAGAAACAGUUUCUGAGGACGAUCGGGGAUCUACACUGUCGGCUUUGGAGCAUCUUGGCUGCGAGUCCUUUGAGGUUGCGAUACCAAUUACGAUCUACGGAGAGACGGUGCGGGAGCGCUUGCCGGAGGAGAACGAAGGACACUCUAUAUAG